AUGCCGACAUACUUCCUAACCGGCGCAAACCGUGGCAUCGGCUUCGAAUUCGUGCGCCAACUCUCCGCCUCCCCAGGCAACAACAUCAUCGCUGCCGUGCGCUCGCGGAAAAGCGACCUUGCUGAGCUCAAGAGACUCGCCUUCUAUAAGCCCAACGUCCACAUCAUCGAAUGCGACGUCUCCUCCACCGACUCAAUAGCCAGCCUGGAAUUCCGCGUCGCAGAGAUCCUCUCUAAAACAGGCGAGAAUCUAAACUACCUCUUCAACGUCGCGGGCAUCAACGCGAGCUCAUCCGACACAUCUUUAUCAAUAGAUCCUGCAUCCUUGCAAAGACAUAUGGACGUCAAUGUGCUGGGGCCCGCGAAGAUAGUGGAGACGCUGAGAAAGUACCUAGCGAGGGGCGCGGUGGUGAUGAAUUUGAGCACGGGGCUGGCGAGCUUGACGGUUGCGAGGGAUGUAUCCAAGUGCUGCACGUAUUCGAUGAGUAAAGCGGCGCAAAACAUGCUCUCCCUCCAUCAAGCCAAGGACCUGAAGCGGAGUCAUGCGACAGUAAUAUGCAUGGAUCCAGGGUGGGUGAAGACGAGGAUGGGUGGGAAGGGUGCGAUGGUGGAGCCAGAGGUUAGCAUAUCGGGUAUGCUGGAAGUUGUCUUUGGGCUGAAGAAGGAGGAUAGUGGCAAGUUUUUUCGGUUUGAUGGGGGGCAGAUUCCGUGGUAA